CUGUUCUAGAGAAUCGCUGUUUCCCGAGUCAGGAGUAGAACACGUACUGCAGAACAGCUGUGUUUUAGUGUGUCGGUGGUGUCUUCGACUUGGCUUGUCUUGUGUGUGCAAGAAAUCGUGAUUUUAGUAGUAGUAGUAGGCUGGGAGGAUGGGGAAGGCUGUAGGCGCCUGGAAACUUGCUCUGCCGCGAGGAGGUUUCUUGUCCCUCGUGUACCUCCUCCCAUGGGCUUAUAUCGCGUAUGACCUCAUCCAGAGCUGCCACGACACAUCAUGGGGCUUCGUCUCGUUUGAAGAAAUUGUCAACCAAGGCUCAUCCGAUAAGCGCACACACCACUACGGCGCGUUCUACAGCCUCUAUCUCGACCCGCUGCGCCUGCCGCGACAGCAGUCCCAAACCCUCCCUUGCCAGCAAUCGCCGCAAGGGGCGGAGGAGGAGACAAGCGAUCCGGCGCCCGUUGAAUACGCGCGGAAACUGCGGCAAAAUGAGGACCAGAGGGGAUUCGAGCAGCAAGGGUUUGAGCAGCGGGGAUUCGAGCAGCAGCCGUGGGAGCCGCGCGAGGUGAACAUGUUGGAGAUCGGGCUCAAGUACGGCGACUCGCUGAAGCUAUGGAAGAGGGCGUUUCCGCGAGGCGUCAUCUACGGCAUCGACAACGAAAUGAUCUCCACUAAGCACCAGGCCGAGGCGCGGGACCCUCGGGUGCGGCUGAUGGUGGGCGACCAGGCCAAUGGGACGUUCUUGGAGCAAGUGGUGGCAGAGAUAAAGAGUGCGGUGGGUCUGCUUGACUUCAUAGUGGACGAUGGAGGUCACACCAUGCCGCAGCAGCAAACAUCCCUCCAAUACCUCCUGCCACUGGUCAAGCCGGGCGGAAUAUAUUUUCUGGAGGAUCUGGAGACGUCCUACUACACUAAAUGCCACAUUACAGGGUGCUACGAGGGAGGUCCUCCCGGACUGAACACUACAACAAUACACGUUCUCAAGACGCUUAUGGAUGUGGUGAACCAAGACUUCGUCGAGAAGCAGGAUCACAUGAGGAAAUUUGGUCAUAAGGACUUCUAUGCAACUCCCGUGGAGGAUUUGGUGGGCGCAGUACACUGCAUGAGGAACAUCUGUGCACUCAGGCGGAAAUCCAGCCCUUGGUAUUAGGAUGUUCAGGAUAUAUCUGUUAUGUGUUGCCUGGUUUUCCGUAUAUCAACUCAAUCUGGAGUCUGGACAUGUUGACUAGUCGACUCUCUCUUGUAGGGAAAUCCUGGUAGGUAUGUAUACAGUGUUA